UUGGAACUGUGGGGAACAGCUGAGCUGUGUCAAAACGACCGGAUUUGUUUACACGCGAAUCAUAUAUUUGCUUACAAUUUUCUGUGGAAAAAAAGAUUAUGUUUUCAAAUUGUGUUUGAAUGUUAAAAAGUAUACAAAUUAAUUUAUUUACAAAACAUUUUGCCACCUUAAUACGAGCAAGUCGAUUAUUUACGAAAGAAAUGAGCAAAAAUCAAGACAACCGACUAGAGACAUUUCGCCACAUCUGUGAUGAAAUUGGUGAAGAGCGUAGUUACAACAACAAAUCACAAUUGUUGAAAGAGUUUUUACAUAAAGGAUCAGAUCGGAAAAGUUUUAAAGGAGAUACGCUACUGUGGAUACGAAUGCUAAUACCUGGCGCUAGUCACCGCGUCUACAAUUUACAAAACAAACAAAUGUUAAAGUUGUUUUCUCGUAUAUUUGUUUGUGAGCUGCAGGAGAUGCAGCGUGAACUGGAGCAAGAUGGUGAUGUUUCCGAAACAUUGCGCAAAUACUUUGAGUCAUCAAAACAAGUGAAACCGCAAACAGACAGCACACUUUAUCUUCAAGACGUUGAAGAGUUUCUUAUAAAACUUGAACAGCGCACAAAAGAGGACGAACAGACCGAUCUGCUGCGGCAAUUAUGUAAGCAAGCAACUUCUUUGGACUUAAGAACGAUUAUACGUCUAAUCAAGCAAGACCUGCGUAUAAAUGCCGGAGCGCGUCACAUUCUCGACGCAUUUGGACCACUCGCCUACCCGGCCUAUCAAUCGUCUCGAGAUUUGGAAGCAGUCGUCAAACAAUUUGCUGGUACAGGGAAACAACAAGUAGCAUCACCCAUCAAAUCAACUAAAGCAACUGGUCAAAUUGGUUGCGUACAAGUAAUGACACCCAUUUCUCCUAUGCUGGCUAAUGCCUGCAAAUCCGUGGAAGAAGCUUUUAAAAAAUGUCCAAACGGCUUAUAUACUGAAAUAAAGUACGAUGGAGAGCGCGUGCAAAUACACAAACGAGGGAGCGAGUUCAAGUUCUUCAGUAGAAAUUUAAAGCCUGUGAUGGACCAUAAAAUCAAACGAUUCCAUGAACUCAUACCGAAGGCGUUUCCAGGAGGCGGCGAUAUGAUUUUGGAUUCAGAAAUCAUUUUAGUCGAUACCAUAACUGGUAGUUUACUGCCAUUCGGUACUUUAGGUGCGCAUAAAAAGAAAGAAUUUUCACACGCAGAGGUGUGCAUUUUCACUUUUGACUGCCUACUCUAUAAAGGAGAGGAUUUAACAAACGUACCUUUCCAUAAACGCAGAAAAAUAUUGGAGGAAAAUAUAAAUCCCAUAAAAUCUUGUGUUGAGCUUUCAGAAAGUCAAUUUCUAAAAACCAAGAGCGAGGUAUCACUUAUGACAGCUAAGGUCUUAAAAGCCAAUCUCGAAGGUGUGGUGUUGAAGAAUCCAAAUGGGACCUACCAACCCGGCAAACGUGGUUGGCUGAAAGUCAAGAAGGACUACCUCUUUGGCGGCAAAAUGGCCGAUACUGCAGAUUUGGUUGUAUUGGGCGCUUGGUUUGGUUCCGGCAAAAAAGGCGGUAUUUUGAGCAUAUUCCUAAUGGGCUGCUAUGACAGUAGAGAUGGACUCUGGAAGACUGUUACCAAAGUACACUCCGGCCUGGAUGAUGCCGAAAAUGAGCAAGUGCAUGAGGAGCUUAUGAAUCUAAUGGAGCGUGCUGAUCCAAAUCAAGUACCCACAUGGCUAUUAUGCAAAAAAGCUCUAGUGCCUGAUUUUUUAGCAAAAGUGCCGAAUAAAAUGCCCGUUUGGGAGAUAACGGGUGCAGAGUUCACCAAAUCGGAGGCACACACUGCGGCCGGGAUUUCAAUAUGAUUUCCGCGCAUAACAAGGCUUCGCGUGGACAAAUCUGCCGACCAUGCAAAUGAUUUGGAAUAUCUGCAGAAACUUUUUGAAGCCUCAAAAAAUGAUGUGAAUGUUGAUUUGUUGCUUUCAAAUUGUGAUGAUAAGAAUGGUGGAGUAAAUGUAAAAAUUGAAGAAAUAGACUCCAAAAUUAAUCUAACGCCAAAGAAAAAUCGCAAAAAUGACAAUGAAGACGAUGCAUUGCCAGGAAGUAGCGUUAAGUUGAAGAGAAAAGCUGACGAGUUGGAGAAAAAAUUUAGCGAAAAUAAAAAGAGGAAAACGCAGAGUCCAAAAGUGAAGACGGAAAAUGCUGCAGCCAUGGUGAAGAUUGAAGGAAAGCUCAGUAAACAAACGAAAUUGGAUUUUAGUUCGCUCGUCAAGAAAGAAGAUAAAUUUCGUGAUUUCGUUAAGAAUGUCAACAUAAAGACAGAAUCUCAAACUAAUCAAUGCAGUGGGGAGGUGAAAAAAGAAAGUGACAUAUUUAGUCAUUUAGUGGCACACUUUGGCAGCGAAGUAGGCGAUGAGCAGUUCAAGUGUGCUUUUGUGUCGAACAGUGGUUUAGUGGCUAAAAAUCCAAAAGAUGCGAAUAUUGUGUUCCACGCAACUACAUUAUGCUCCAGCGAUAACUUCAGUGAAUUUAGAGAUCAUUACAAACGGACGGCCCGGCACUUAUGCAUUGAUUGGCUGCGUGAUUCACUGAGGGAGGGCAAGUGUAUGGCUUAUCCCAUAUAUGCUGUUGUGCUCCAAUAGCAACAAAAACUACUUUAAGCAAAAAGUUGAAUGAAAUUGUAUAGUGUUGUUGUUAAAUUUAACAUUAUUUUAAUUUCACAAAUAAUUAUCCAUGUUACACAUUUAGAAGCGGUUGGGUCUUAUCACACCGGCGGAUAAUAGACGCCGUUUGUUUAUAUUUUUGAUAGCAAUUUAGAAGUGUACAUAUGUAUAUAUUUAUCAAGUAUUACUGCUUUGUCGAAUAAAGCUUCUGAAAAAGCUCUGAUAA